GCCCAGGAAGUGAAGGCUGCAGUGAGCCAUGAUCAUGCCACUGCACUCCAGCCUGAGUGACAGAGCAAGACUCCCUCAAUAGAUAGAUAAAAAGUAUUGUACACAAAUUACUUGUGAAGUAUGAAAGGGAAGGGUACAUUUUUAAUGAGGAAAUCUGAAGUACACUUCCUUUACCAUGUGAUCAAAUUUUAGCACCAAUAAUAAUGGUACAAAAUGCCAAUAUGUACCCCUAGAUGUGAUACAAUGGGAAGGGCACAUUAUACCUAUGUAGUAUUUCUACCAAAAUGUUUCAUCGGAAUUUAAUCAUGAGAAAGUAGUCAGAUACAUCUAGGCUGUUAGACUCAUUCUAUGACAUCUGGCCCAUAUUCUAAAAUACACUCCCACAGACAUAGAUUGAAAGAGAGCAUGCACAAGAGCCCAGAUAUGGCACAAUUUUAUCAGUUAUUCAAUUGGUGAAUCUAGGUGAAUGGUUGUUCAUUCUAUCAUUUUUUCAACUUUUCUGUAAGUUUGAAAUUUUUUAAAAUCUUUAGAGGAAAAAGAAAAAAACAAUAUUGGUUAAAUUUUUAAAUGUUAACUUUUCAAAACUAAUUUUUAAUUUUAAAGAAAUGGAAUGGAAAGAAAUGGGAUGAAAGCCGACUUUGUGAUUUUUUUUCAAUUUAAUUGAAUUACAGUUAAGAUUGAAGGAAUAAUUUCCUAAGUUUUUGUGUAUUCUGUUUCUUUCAUUAAGCAGGCAGAUUUAUUAAAAAUUAUAUAGCUAUCAGAGUCUUAAGUUAUGUGGGAAGUAAUAUAACUAAGUAGAUUGAGAAUACACUCUUAUGUCAAAUGAGAUCUGAAUUUGGACCUCAACUUGGAUACAUCAUAUUGGCUGUGUGGCUAUGGGCUUGUUACUCUACCUCUCCAAGCCUCGCUUUUUCACUAGUAAAUUCGUAUGAUAAUCAUAAUAUCUUUGAACAUGCUCAUGUGUGUACAUCCUGUAAACCACUAAGUAAAUACCCCGUAAGUACCCAGUAGAUUAUUAUCAUCAUCUUUGGCAUCUUUUUUCCUCCUAUUUUUUCUGUCUCUUUGUAAUUCUUGCUGGUUCUCUUGUUGUCCCAUUUCUUUAAUGUUAUAGGAGACGCUGUAGGCAAAACAGGGGCAGGGGAGAUCAACACCUGUUUUCAUAUGACCUCAGUUUAUAAAUGCUAUUGUUUGAAUGUGUCCCCAAAAGUUCAUGUGUUAGAAACUUAAUAUACCCAUUGCAAAAGGGUUGAGAGGUGGGACCUUUAAAGGGCAGCUGGUCAUGAGGGCUCUGCCCUUAUGAGUGGAUUAAUGUUGUCAUGGCAGGAGUGGGUUAGUUAUCUUGGGAGUGGGUUUCUGAUAAAAAGGUAAGUUAGGCCCUAUUUUUCCUUCUCUCUCUCUCUCUUUCUCUUUUCUUUCUCUCUCCCAUGCACGUGUGCAUGCUCUUUGCCCUUCUGCCCUUCCACCAUGAGAUGAUGUAGCAAGAAGGCCCUAACCAGAUGCAGCCUCUCGAUCUUGGACUUCCCAGCCUCCAGAACCGAGAUUUGAAGCAUUACUUCAAACUGGAAAAAGUCCCACUUCUGAAUUACUGUUUGACUGGGGCACCACAAAUUGCACAGUUGGUGAUCUUGUGGAUCUUUUGAUCCAAAAUGAAUUUUUUGCUCCUGCGAGUCUUUUGCUCCCAGAUGCUGUUCCCAAAACUGCUAAUACACUACCUUCUAAAGAAGCUGUAACAGUUCAACAAAAACAGAUGCCUUUCUAUGACAAAGACAGGACAUUGAUGACACCUCUGCAGAAUCUUGAACAAAGCUAUAUGCCACUUGACUCCUCAAGUCCAGAAAAUAAAAGUUUAGAAGUUAGUGAUACACGUUUUCACAGUUUUUCAUUUUAUGAAUUGAAGAAUGUCACAAAUAACUUUGAUGAACGACCCAUUUCUGUUGGUGGUAAUAAAAUGGGAGAGGGAGGAUUUGGAGUUGUAUAUAAAGGCUACGUAAAUAACGCAACUGUGGCAGUAAAGAAGCUUGCAGCAAUGGUUGACAUUACUACUGAAGAACUGAAACAGCAGUUUGAUCAAGAAAUAAAAGUAAUGGCAAAGUGUCAACAUGAAAACUUAGUAGAACUACUUGGUUUCUCAAGUGAUGGAGAUGACCUCUGCUUAGUAUAUGUUUACAUGCCUAAUGGUUCAUUACUAGACAGACUCUCUUGCUUGGAUGGUACUCCACCACUUUCUUGGCACAUGAGAUGCAAGAUUGCUCAGGGUGCAGCUAAUGGCAUCAAUUUUCUACAUGAAAAUCAUCAUAUUCAUAGAGAUAUUAAAAGUGCAAAUAUCUUACUAGAUGAAGCUUUUACUGCUAAAAUAUCUGACUUUGGCCUUGCACGGGCUUCUGAGAAGUUUGCCCAGACAGUCAUGACUAGCAGAAUUGUGGGAACAACAGCUUAUAUGGCACCUGAAGCUUUGCGAGGAGAAAUAACACCCAAAUCUGACAUUUACAGCUUUGGUGUGGUUUUACUAGAAAUAAUAACUGGACUUCCAGCCGUGGAUGAACACCGUGAACCUCAGUUAUUGCUAGAUAUUAAAGAAGAAAUUGAAGAUGAAGAAAAGACGAUUGAAGAUUAUAUUGAUAAAAAGAUGAAUGAUGCUGAUUCCACUUCAGUUGAAGCUAUGUACUCUGUUGCUAGUCAAUGUCUGCAUGAAAAGAAAAAUAAGAGACCAGACAUUAAGAAGGUUCAACAGCUGCUGCAAGAGAUGACAGAUUCUUAAAACUAUUGGAAUAGACUCUUGACUUUUUAUAUACACCUAUCUCAACCAUUUUUUUUUUUUUUUAAUUUGAGAUGGAAUCUCGCUCUGUUGCCCAGGCUGGAGUGCAGUGG